AUGGAGAAUGUUCGGGUCAAUGAGUUCGAUAACGAUACAGCCUGCGCUGAUGAGUCGGUGCCGCUGAGGAUCAAUGCUAAAGAUUCCGAUCUUGGCUCAAUGAUGGCUUCAGGCCACGGGGAAGUGACGUCUAUCACCUACCGAAGCCCAGAGGCCUACUUCAACAAGCCCUGGUCCAGCGCCAUUGACAUUUGGGCCUGGAGGAUUGUGGUCAAUCUACUAAAUCUGCUAUGA